GUUUCUAAAAAUGGAUAAGCUUGUCUGAGGACAGAAAUGGAAAACCGUGGGAGUUUGGGAGAGAGCCCGCACAUGGUCACAGCAGUGUCUGCUGUCCAAUGCAAAGCAUGUGUAGGUACAUGGGCGUUUUCACACCGGUGUCCAAAGCACAGCUUGUGAGGUACAUGGAGUUAUCACAGGGAGCCAAGGCCUCGGAGGCGAAUAUAAGGAAGGCCCCAGGGAUGUCUGCUGUGUGAAGCUCACUCAUCUGGACAACAUGAACACUCUCCCUGCCAUCCUCCUGCUGGCCUUCGGCCUCUGCUUUGCUCAGGCCAUGGACUACAUGUCUCUGACGCAGUUCAGGGACAUGAUCAUCUGUGCGAACCCCGAUAGCUGGCCUAUUCUGGACUAUGCUGACUAUGGCUGCUACUGCGGCAAGGGCGGCUCUGGCACACCUGUGGACGACCUAGACAGAUGCUGUGAGGUGCACGACCGUUGCUACAACGAUGCCAUGCAGCAUCCUAAGUGCUGGCCCAUCUUCGACAACCCCUACACCGAGAUCUAUGCCUAUACCUGUGAUAAGGCCAGCAAGACUAUCACCUGCCCAGCCAACAAGAACGAUGAGUGUGAGCAGUUCAUCUGUGAGUGCGACAGGAAGGCCGCCGAGUGUUUCGCCGCUUCUGGUUACAAUCCAGAGAACGAGCACCUUCCUAGUGAUCAAUGCAAAUAGGCCGGGCUGGAAGCAUAAUGUGGAUCAACUUCUGCUGAAGCCAUCUGGACUACACCAGCACACCUGGAACCUCUGGGCCAUUGAGACCAAAGAUUCUAGAACAGAGCUUGCUAGGGGACAAACAAUGUAGCCGAGCUUAAAAACUCACUUCAUACCAAUAUUAAGUCUUUAUUGCAAUACAUCCUUACUAUCUGCAUGCCGUCCAAAGGGCUGCACAGUCUGUAUACUGUUUGGCUGUUUUUAUUAUGGCAGCCGUGGUCAACAUGGUCACUGACAGUACAUGAAUCUGAUUCAAAAAGAUAAGAUUAAAGAUUAAACUUCAACAGA